CACACGGACAGGACGCCGCCGCUUGGGAUCACCUCUCGCCCAGCCUUCUCCACGCGACGCUUGACGGGCUAGCCUAGCACUCUCAUUUCCUUUAAUCCCCGAUACUGCUCGUACAUGAGAGGCCCCGAGGAUAUUUCUGUUAGUACCUGGAUACGAGGGUUUAAGAUAUAACUGUAACCCUUCCACGCACUUCGAAGUCGAGCUCGUGAUAGUCUAUCUGGUCGUCCGUCUCGUAGUCAUUCGCUUUCCACGAUACCAACGAACCGCAAAGAUGCUUGUUAGAGUACACUCUCUUUCCCUCCUCGCAGCUAUUGUGGCUUCUAGCGACCUAGCGACGGCUGUCCCCCUCGAAUCAUCGUCUGCUCUCAACACCCGAGACCUGACCCGCCCGCGCUUCGGAAGCGUCCCAUAUGGCGUCGACAUCACUCACUGCACGGUAAAUGGCAAGCUCGCUCUCAGCUUCGACGAUGGCCCCGGGGAAUACACCAGCCAGGUUCUCGACACCUUGGAGAGGAACGGCAACAUCAAGGCCACAUUCUUCCUUGUUGGCACCAAUGGCAACAAUGGCAUCGCCAGCGGGACCUACACCUCCGUCCUGAAGCGGAUGUUAAGUGCUGGCCACCAACUCGGUAGUCACUCAUGGAGCCACAAGGACUUCAACACAAUCUCCAAGGACCAACAGAUUCAAGAGGUUCUCCAGAACGAAGAAGUCUUUGCCAAGACCCUGGGCCUCAUUCCCACCUACUUCCGCCCGCCCUACACUCACUGCGAUGGCCAGUGUAUAUCUACGCUCAACGACCUCGCGUAUCAUGUCACGGAUUACAAUCUUGACACGAAGGACUGGGUAGACAACGGCGUCAACUCAAAGGCUACCUUCUCAGGUGUUAUCAAUUCCGCCAGCCCCGCCAGCUCCUCCUUCAUUAGCUUGGCCCAUGACAUCCACACCUUUACUGUUAACGGCUUCGUUCAGUUCAUGAUCGAUACGGCCAAGGAGAAGGGAUUCGAGUUCACAACCAUCGGCGAUUGCCUCGGCGACCCGGCCUCGAACUGGUACCGCGACCCCAAGACCGGCGAGCCGUGGAGUGGAGUAAAGGAGGAACCCAAGCCCACCAUGACCAGCAGCAAGGAGGUUAUCGUCCCCACGACGACGUCAACUUCUAUCUCUAGCACGACGUCCGCUCCGGAGACCAAGACGUCCACGACGAAGUCGGAGUCUGAGACCGCUAAGCCCUCCGUCACCGCCAAGAGCGCUACCGAGACCGAGGAGCCUGAGAGCGAGACUGCCACGUCCACUGCCACCGGCACCGGCGUCAAGCCUUCUACUGCAUCUAGGACCGUUGACGGCGGUGCCCAUAUUGGCAUUCCAGUGACACCUACCGGCACCACUGCCGCUGUCAGACCGACCAGCACCAACACCGUCGUCGAGGUCAACGCCGCUGGCCGUGCGGUCUUCUCUAUCGGUGGUGCCAUCGCCGGUGCACUUGCUUGGGCCAUAAUGAUUUGAUAGUCGCACAUCCUGGCCACACAAUCCCGCCAUAGAGCAAGGGACAUAACCUUCGUGUAAUAUUUUGGAUAAUCCCUAAUCUGGACAUCGCUAGGACGAUAGGUCGUUUGAGAAUGGGACGGAGUUAAGACGAGUACAUGAUACCACGCCAUUGAUGGAGUAGAGUUCUAGUGUACUACAUAUGCUGUAUAGAUGCGAAUUUCAGUCGAGUUUGACAUGAAUGCAAAAAAGCUUUGUUGAUACGGAGUAAGUCAAACCCCCCACUUCCUGGCACCCCCCUGUUUCUGGC